AUGUGUUAUGCUGGUAUUGACUGGCACGAUAUUGUAUGCUACAAGGUGCAGUUGCGGCCACUGCGUUGUGAUGCCCACGACGCGAGAGUGCCUGUGCUGUCAAGAGGUCAGCCAGGUCACCGCCAAGGCCGGCAACAAGUGCAUCACGCGCCACAAAGACUUUUUUGGUGCCAUCCUGAACCCUGUCGUCCUCCAGAUUGCUUAUGGCAUGAGGGCAAUGGAGCUGCACGACGGGGAACUCCUCAGGCAGAGAACGGCCCAUAAGAAAUACAGGUAUGUGGCAUACCGUCAGUUCUCCAGGUGGAUAUGGCAGCGGCUUGGCAAAGGCAACAGGAAAGUCCUGCCCUCCUGUGUCAUCCAAGCCAUCCGAACUGCCUAUCCGUCUGAAGUAUAUCGGGGGUUUGCGUAUCCCGCUCUGUAAACGUAUACAGAGCACAAGCUCUUCUGCUUCAUGCACACAGGGAGUUAUAAUGUCAGUGCACCGAGAACUUGUUGGCUUAUUGAAGAAAAUAGUGGGUAGACCUCUAAGCAUCUAGCAUUGAGGUCUACCCACUGUUCUUUCUGACAAAGCCAAUCUGAGCUCGGCGCCGUCCUCACGUCACCGCAACUCAUGCCCAAGAAGCAGGCGACUUUCUUUCCGCGUUGGUUCCGCUAGGAUCUACUGGACGACCUAUUCCUACUGGACCAUAACCCAAUACACCGAAUACAGAUAAAAAACCUUUAUUGCAAUUUUCGCUAGGGCUAGCCACAGUUAACUUUUACUGCACUAGCAAGUUAUCAAACCCCCAUGAAGGUUUGCCUCCCCCCUAAGCACGGUUCAUAGACCGCAUUUCCCCCUCCACUAAGCCCGCAACAAAGAAGCUGCUACUGUGCCUGCAUGCCAUUGGUGUCUUCCGCUGGACUUGUACUCCAGUCAUGUUACUGUACCUUCAGAGUGAACUGGUGUAUUUUACGCAACAGGAAUGCAGUGUUGCUGUGCUGAGGCCUAUAGAAAUAAAAGAAGUUGCA